AUUGUUGAUGUUUUUGUGUAUUGUUCUACAGCCUAAUUAUUGUUUAAAAAUUGGUGAUUUUUUGUUUGGUAGCCCAUCCAAAGUGCACAUCUUUGUCAAGAAUCCUGCUGGCAGGAAAAUCUGCCUCAGGGGGGUCCACUUGUCAGACACCCUUUACACCAUCAAGGCAAAGAUCCAGGAGCAGUACCGCCUUGUCUUCGACGGGGUGCAGCUAGAAGACAACCGUACAUUGGCGGAUUACGGCAUCAAACAUGAUUUCACGCUUGACCUCCAAGAAAAGAUGCAAAUCUUCGUCAUGGAAACGCUAGAAGGCAGGACCAUCACUCUCGAAGUCGACAACCUAGACACCAUUGACAAGGUGAAGGCGAAGAUCGAAAGCACUGAGGGCUUUCCCAAGGUCCAGCAGUGCCUCAUCUUUGACAACAAACAGCUGGAGGACGGCAAGCGCACCUUGGCUGACCACAACAUCUGUAAAGGGUCCACUCUUCUCCUCAUCCUCCUCCCUCGUAGCCCAACUGUUGUGAUGCGAAUCUUCGUGGAGGCGCAGCAAAGGAGGAUCCCCCUUGAGGUUGGGAGCUCGGACACUGUCAACAGUGUCAUGGUGAAGAUCUAUGAGAAGAUCGGUGUUCCUCCUAAACAGCAGCGCCUCAUCUUUGCUGGCAAGCAGCUGGAGGAACACCGCCCCCUGGCGGACUACAAGAUUAAGAGCAGGGAUACCUUUCAUUUGAUGUACCGCCCUUGUGGUUGCUGAGCUGCAUGGCCUGCUUUAUUUUGCUCGAACCUUCCUUCCAGUAGUGGUGUAUUAUCGUCAUUCUUGUUCCGUUCUGGUAGUGGUUUGUUAUCGGCAAAACUAUCAUUGUUAGUACGUCGAUGUGUUGACUGUUGAGGAGUAGUUCAGUUCUUAUCUAUGAUGAAAGAACCUACUAUUAAGAGUCCCUACCUUGGUCUGUCUUGG